GCCGCACUUCAACAAUAAGAGCUCUUAACUUCGACUGGUCUUUACUUAUCACAGAAGUGGAAAAAAAAAUAACACCUGCUUAGAAAAGAAAAAGAAAGAGCAAACAGAAAUAAUAGGACAUCUUAUUUGUUAGUAAACGAUGGAAGCUGUAACCAAUUCUGUAAAUGAUAGUUUUGAUACCGAGAAACCACCAACAAGUUGGCUGACAGAAGAGGAUGUUUACAAAGAAAUACAGGAAGAUGCUGAAGGUUUUGAUGAGCACACAUAUCCGUUAUGGAAUUACGAAUCUUGGGAAGUUCCUGAAAUUUUAUCAAGCAAUAAUGAAGAAAUUCCUCGACAAUAUUACAAAGCAUUGCAGCAUUCAUUAUUCGAAACCGGUUUUCCAGAGACGCAAGACAGAACAUCCAAAGUUAAGACUUUCUCCCAUCAACAGGUUUCAAUCACCAUUUUAUCAUCUCCUGUUGAAUGUCUGAGUGUUCUGUUAGAAGGAGGAGAACAAUGUCCUGGAAAUAUGCUUCUGGUUCUUUCAGAUUCCUGGCUUAGCAAGGAACCAUCUUCUACACAAAGUUCCAAAUUCUCUUUGUACGUCAACAAGGCCAUAGCUUUCUAUAAAGGAGGCCACACUUGUCUAGAGACAUAUCAACCGCCACGUCGUGUGACGUACUUCGUCAAUUUCUUCACGGCCAACUGCACUGGAAAUGCACACACGGAAGGCGAAGCCCUUGAACAAGAAUUGGACUGUCCUAUGAGUAGUUCAUUGAAGCUGUUGAAUUAUACCGAUAACAAACUGCUGACUCGAACAUUGGCUGCCCAGGCUGGCGUACCUUAUCCUACCACGUUGGCAUUUAUAAAACAUUCUAACGUCGUAUUGGAUACGAGAGAGCUACGGAUCACCGUCCAAAUCAUACCAGAAAACAUUUCCGACAAACAACUGCAGUUGACCUUCAAGGAUAAAAUCGAAGCGUUUUUAGCCACCCACAAUUUCAGUAAGCUUGUUAUAAAACUCUUUGGUCUUUCAUGGUUUGGAAGUAAACUGGUGUCUUUCAACGAACCCAAUGUGGAAGAAUUAGUGGAAACCGCAGUUUCAGUUUACCAUAGAUUAGAAGAAAGUGACGCACUAAUUUUAGAAGAAUGCAUUAACAACUUACCUGUCACUGAAGAUUAUAAUUGCCACAUUAGAACAACAGUAUGUCGGACAUCAGAUGACCUUCCACACAUGUCAAAGAUUGUCUGUGGCAUUAUCAAGUCGUGUAAUAAACCAAUAAAUCAAGACUAUUUUGUCCCACAGUCAUUGGAAACAUCUCUCAAAACUUGGCAUGUCUCAGAAGAAAAUAUAAAAGACAUCAAGAGCAAGCUGAUCAGCAUGUCUGAACGGACCCUGAAAGCCAUCAUGUCCUUUGAAGACACACUUAACGAAGACGAACGCGGUGGAAUUGGUGCUCAGACAGAUAUAAUUGGACUUGACUUUUUAGUGAGGAAAAAUCAAUUGGAAUUCGAACCUGUGUUAAUUGAAGUGAAUGGACGCGAUUGCCUGAAAAAAUGCCAAAUUAACGAAUUCGUUAACAGAAGCAAACUUGGAGAAGCUGCCAACGAACUGGUGAAUACCAUGAUUUCAAGAUCUGAACUUUUUCUGGUGAAAGGUAAAACUGUGCUUUUCAUCGGUGAUGGAUUGUACGGAAAACGGUUUACUUUGAAGGAUACCAGAGACUACGGAAUCAAGAUUGUAUUGGUAAAUGCAGAAAAACCUAAAAACUUGAGCCCAGAUAUUACUUUCAUACUACAUGAUCUGACUGACUUGAAGCAGGCAUAUAAAAAUGCCACCGAAAUUAUUGCCAAGCUUCAAGCUAGAGGUAUAACAUUUGAUGGCUGUAUUACUUUCUGGGAAGAAAAAGUUCGUCUUGCGGCAGCAAUAUGCGAACUUAUGGACCUAACAGGACCAAAUUAUAAAGCAUGCACCAUUGCAAAAAACAAAUACCUUACUUUAAAGUGGUUGCAGAAGCGAAAGGGAGAUAUUCCUCAUUGGCCGCGUACGUUUUUGUAUUCUUCAAACGCUUAUGAAAUUAAUGUACAGUCUGAUAUCUCCAAAAUCUUCCAAAACAACAAGCCUUCCUUACCUUCGGUAUUAAAAUUGAAAUAUAGCUCAGGGGCCUUAGGUGUUAAACUUGUACAAAACGAAGAAGAGUGUCAACAGUAUUAUCAGAAGAUAUCGGGCUUAGAAAUGUCUGGUUAUGGUUUCUCCUUAGGUCGUUCUUUUUUACUGAUGGAUUACUUACAAGGCACCGAACAUGAUGUUGAUUUUAUAAUGUAUAAACGUAAAUUGAUUGCAGCUUUUGUGUCGGAUAACGGUCCAACCAGGUUACCAAAUUUCACAGAAACGGCAGCUCUUUUACCUUCGAUUCUUUCAGAUGAAGAGCAGAACCGACUAAUUGUUGCUGCUUACCAAUGUUGUCUUGAAAUCGGUUUAGAAAGCGGUGUUUUUAACGUGGAAAUGAUUAUGACAGUGGCGGGACCAAAACUUUGUGAGAUUAAUGCUCGAAUGGGCGGCAGCUAUCUCAGAGAUUGGAUCAAGUUCUGUUAUGGCGUUGAUAUUAUGUUUUGUGCCUUAUUAAUAUCUCUGGGCAUUAAACCACAUGUAGUAUGUAAAUAUAAUCAAACCAGUAUAGCAGGGAUAAAUUGUUUGGUUCCAGAGCAUGCUCAUAUUUUCAAAGAUGAGCAAAAAAUGAAUUUAAUUCAAGCCAAACACGAAUCCAAGCAAAUACGAUACAAUCAAUUUCUUGAAAAGCCUUUUGUACAAGAUUUAGAUGAGAUAAUUUUUUCAAAUAUAGCUGUAAUUGAACCUGAUCCAAUAACGGCUAAAAUAUCAUUGAUAAAACUCUCAGAAGAAUUUGGCAUUAAAACCAAUUCGUACAAUGUUGAACAAUUCCUUAAAUUCAUUCCAAAUGAGACACAAGAAUAGAGUGAAGUCUGGGAGUUAUUAUUUUGUGUGUGUGUGUGGGGGGGGAUACAGAAAUUUGAUACAUCUUUGAUUUCUUUUCAAAAGUGAGUAAUCGUUUUUUAGCCCGAAGUCAACUUUGAUUCAAGCCGUAGCCAUCUCAUCUUUUCUAUAUCCAUCUUGGCACUUGAAUAUCCUCGUAUGUAUUCAGAGGCAAGUCUGUAAUUUGAUUGGUCCCUUGUCAUAGUGAUAUGAUGUCUUAAUCUUUUCCAUCUCUCCUACCACAGUAAGUGCUCAAAUGAACCUUCUUAGUUCUAGAUCACUUUAUGCCAUCUCACCUGACUCAUAAACUCAGUGUCCCCAUCCAAAUGCUGUCGUGCUUCCACAAAUAAAGAAGUCUUUCUACAGUUGUAGCUUUUUCCCUUGAAUUGCCAGAAUUUGGAGUUCUUUUCCAUCUCGUUUUCUCCCUUCUUGUGACCUGAACUUUUUCAAGUCUAAAAUAAAUUCAUUCUUUGUGUCUUAAUUACUUCUUCGUAGUCCCUUACACUAAGUGGCUUUCCACCUUGUUUAGGACUUUAUAAAAAUAAAAGAGAAACAGAACACUCCUGAUUACAUUAUUCAAUGUGACAUCUUCUGAGAGAGAGUAGGGCAGUAGAUCCCUUUUCAUAUAAAUGAACCCCUUCUUCAUCAAUGAAUUUUCCCACAAUCCCUGGGCCUAUUUACUCAAUAAGCUGAUUUCAUUAACAAACAUCAAACUUACAUCGGACAGCUAUAGAAUACCUAAGCUAAGAUUUAAAACAGAAACCACAUUUCCCCACAUUCACAAAGAAGUUCUCGGCCUAUUGUUUUAGCCUGCUUGCACUGAGUAAUUAAUGAGAAAAAGUAUAUUUCUUAUAGAUUGUAACAACUUGCAUUAUAAUCAUCUUCAACACUGUAACAACAUAAUA